ACUGGUAAUCUGGUAAUUUCGUUAAAUUCCCCCUGAAUCCGUCGAUUAAUUGCAUACGGAUAGCAACACAAAUCAAAUGGAAAAAUAUGGCCUCACGAAUAAAAGGCAAGAAGAGAAAGACUGAGGAGGUUACUGAAACAAAGGAGCUACAACAUUUUGAUGCAGAACUAUCAGAUGGGGGCAGCAGAGAAGAAGAAAUGGCACAGAAAAGAAAGAUAAAGGCAAAGAAAAAAUACAUAGGCGCUCACGUCUCAGUAUCAGGAGGAAUAUGGAAAGCAGUCGAAUCAAGUGUGACCAUGGGAGGUCAUGCUUUUGCCCUUUUCUUGGGCUCCCAGCGCUCCUGGACCAGACCAGCCCUUGAUCCAGCUGCUGCAGUUAAAUUUCAAAAAGCCUGUGCUCAACAUGGCUUCGAUCCGAUACACAUCCUGCCACAUGGAUCUUAUUUGAUGAACUGCGGUUCCCCAAAAGAAGAUGUGUUCAGUAAGAGCAAGUCUAUGCUUGUGGACGAACUGAGUCGCUGCAGUGCACUGGGUCUCAGCCAGUUUAACUUUCACCCUGGAGCUUCUUUGGACUCCAGCCCUGAGAAAUGCAUAGAGAAAAUUGCCCAAGCUAUUAACCACGCACACCAGCAAACCCCUGCCGUCAUUACAGUGCUUGAAAACAUGAGUGGUCAGGGCAGCACUGUAGGUGGGCAGUUCAUUGAACUGAGAAGCAUAAUAGACCGGGUGCGUGACAAGACACGUGUUGGGGUGUGUCUGGACACUUGCCAUGCUUUUGCAGCAGGCUAUGACAUUUCACCACCUGGAGGAGUAAAGAAUAUGCUUGAUGAAUUUGACCGUGUGGUUGGGUUGCAUUAUUUGAGAGCUGUUCAUUUAAAUGACUCUAAAGGAACAUUAGGCAGCCAUCUGGACCGCCAUGAAGACAUUGGACGUGGCCAAAUAGGUAUUACUGCUUUCCGAGAAAUUGUGAAUGAGCCUCGACUGGAUAAUAUCCCUCUGAUUCUAGAAACACCCGGUCGCCCAGGCUUUGAGUAUGCUGAACAGAUAGAGCUCCUUUACUCCCUUUGUGAAAAAAGGUGAAGAAUUAGACAUCUGCUGGGUGCCAGCCUCCUUGGCACCAAAGGAAGUUAUUAUUGUAAAGCAUAAUAAAUAUUACCCUGAUUAUGUAA